GAUGAAAAAGAUUUGUCGGAAGUGAAUACUUUUUGGAAUAAUCGUGAUAUAGAACUAGAAAAGAAGAGAAAGCUCUGGCAGAUAGAGUCUUCGGAUGACCAACAACUAGAAAAGCAUAUUAAGGUUAUUCGAGAAAAUAGGACGACAGUUGAGCAAACCAAAAGUCAGCUUCCUAAGGCAAAUGUACCUGUAAUGGAUCUCUCAAGUAUUUUGAAUGAUCCGGGAAAUUCUUAUCCUAUAAUUAAUGGCUCAGAUGAUGAUAUUAUAUCAUCUUCUGGAAAUAGCAAAGUGCAACCACAAGACUCACCAGCGACUACGUUACCUGCAUAUGAAUCAGAUAACAACAAAACUGAUCAAUGUAGCGUCAAUAUGAAAUCAUUGAGUAGUAUGUCUUUUGAAUCGGCAGCCAAAGGAAGAAAAUAUAUUAACUAUGAUCUAGCCGAUGAAGUGUUAAAAUCAUAUCAAAUGCACAUUCUUCCCGAUCACAAACUAAUAUACAAUAAUGUUGAUGUUAUGGAAUUUGCACGCUCAAUCAUGGAAACUACGAACAAAAUUCAGAUAUCAAAAAAUCCUUUAUCCAUUGGUGUCAUUGAUAUUCACAAUGUCGAAUGUCUUAAAUAUUUGCCUCAAGGGUUCAAGAAAUAUAUAGCAGAUCAAGUGCAAAAUACUGAUGAUUCUAUAUAUUUUUCAGAGGGGAAAUUUAUCAAUAAAUUUUUACUGGAUUGUGAAGAGGGAGUUUUAAAAUAUCUAGAAAAGUUUGAUAACAUUGAUAAUUUGAAGUCAUUAGAAGAACGUUUAGAUAAAAAUAGAAUCAAUCAUUCAACCUCGUCAAAUGAUCUCAUUUAUGUCGAAAACCUUUUCCUCCAUUUCUUACUUCUGUACAAAAAUGACGUACUUACACAAUCACUAACGGAAACUGAAUUCAAUGCGUAUAUCUGGACCCCGAUGCUAAGAAACGCUUUCCUUGGAAAGUCCGAUUUGAGGUUGAAAUGUGGAGAAGUGGCGUCCAGAUCAUACAAUAAACUUAAAGAAAUUUUAAAUGUUGUUACUCGUGGUGGCCCCAGAUUAGACGGAAAAGGAUUCCUCAAGUCAUUAGGUACGGAAAUUCUAGCGCAGGAAGAUGGAGCAAUAAGUACACAUAGUAAAAGGACAGGAGACCUGCAGAAAUUAGAGUACUGCUCUAAAGUCAUUCUUACAGCAUUAUUCUUUGCGUUACCUUCUCACGUGAAAGAUAGAAUUAAAGAUCUCGAAGUUUAUAGUUUACAAUCAAACGAAUUUCAACUCAAAAUAUCAACAUCCAAAUUUCUCUUCGAGGAUACAGUUGUUACUAUGGGACUUGCACGUGUUGAAAUUCCAAGAACUGUGGAAUGUUUUUCGAAGUUAGUAGUUGGUGUUAAAGCAAUAUUGUCCUGGAAAGCACGUACAAGAAAAAAUACGAUGUUGUUUUAUGAUACAUUAAGAGAAGGCCAUAGGCGAUUGUCUGACAAUGGGGUCCAUUUUUCACCAAUAAAAGUACCCGUAUAG